AUGACUAUUUGCUCAAAUCAUUGCAAUGGCCUUGUUUGCUUGUAUAGCUAUAAAGAUGCUCAAGUUUAUUUAUACAAUGUCACCACUAGGAAGAUAAAAGCUUUGCCACCCUCCGUGAAUCUGGAAAUAAAAAUUAAGCGAUACAAGCACCCAUUUAAUCCUAAGUUGCUUCUAGGGUUUGAUCAGGUGACUGGAAACUACAAAUUGCUUCUUUUGUUUCCUCAUCAAGGAGCAAAGGAAGCCAAAAUUCUAACGCUAGGAGUAACCAACUCCUCUUGGAGAAAAAUAGAUUUGUUAAAUUAUACUGAUAACUCAUAUCUUUUUUCUAAGGAAUGUAUUUUCCUCAAUGGGGUUAUUUAUUUGAUUUGGUUCACUUAUGUGGCCUACUUCAACUUCGGCGAAGAGAAGUUUGGGUAUAUUUCACCCCCACCACAAGCUAGUUUCAAGAGGCCAAGUAUCAUGCAAACUGCCUUUUGGGGAAAAUUGGCUAUGUAUUGCCAUUAUAUUGCCGGUCCUGGUGGUCUAGGUCUUUUUGGGUACGAUGACGCUAACAAGAUUCUUAUUCCUCUUGAGAUGACAAGGCCGAUGUUUAUUGAUGUUGCGGUUGCCUUGCUUGGAGCAGAAAGAAUUAAUGACAAGACAAAGGAAGCACAUGUUUUAGCAACAACAAGUGUAAUCAGUGCCCCUGCAUCUCUGCUCUCCUCCUCCUCAAGGCCUUGUUGCAUAACAUUUGUUAGCAGUUUUGUUGAGCAUAAUAACAACAACACGAGGCCUCGUAUCGUAUUAAGAUUUGCUAGCAGUUUCGUUGAGAACAUUAUCUCAUUAAAGUCUUUACUAGUUUGA